AUGAAAUACGCUUACACAUUAUUAUCGAUUUUUGCAUUCAAUACAGCAUUGACGAUGGGAGCAAUGGGUGGUAACAUUGGUGGUCAAGCUGGAGGAAAUGCUGCUCCUACUACCACUACUGCUGUGAAUCCAAUACCUGCUGCUGCUCAAACUGGAACUACUGCUACCACGGCUACAACACCUGCUGCUGCUGCUGGAGCCGAUACUGAUACUGAUACUGCAACCACAAAGACUGGUACUACUGAUACAGCCACUGGCACUACUGGCACUACUGGCACCGCUAAAACCGGUACUACAGAUACCGCUACUGGCACAACUGACACCGCUAAAACUGGCACUACUGAUACAGCCAAGACUGCCACCACUGAUACCGCUAAGACUGGUACCAAAACUACUACUCCGGCUGGUGCUGCUGGUGCUGAGACAGAAACUGAUGCUACUGCAACCACUCCAGCGGGUGUUGCUGCCACUGCUGCCACUGCUGCCACUGCUGAUGACACUGCUUCUGCUGAGGAAACUGCCGCUGCCGCUGCUGGAGGUCAAGCAACAGAAGCUACAACAAGUGCUAGUUUUGUUUCCCAUAGAGUUCUCCGUUCAACUGCGUCUAGUACAUCACAAAGUGAAUCUACCUCAGGUUCUAGCAGUGGUUCCAGCUCCAGCUCCAGCUCCAGUUCUGGUUCUGGCGCAGGUUCCGUGGAGUUAAAUAAAUCUAAUCUUUUAAUGGGCUUAAGUUUAGCUAUGCUCUUUGGAAGUGGCUUAACUAUCUUAGUUUGA